UCUCUCUCCUGUCUGGGACUAUUCUUUGGCUUUGCCUCUUUAUAAGAGCCUGCUUGCUUUCCCUCCCGCGGCCUGCAGCCUUUUGGUAGAGCACACUAGACACACUGCGCGCAGGGCCCUAAAAGCAGCCUCAACACUGCAGGCGUGUCUUGUCUUAUUGCGCCAUUAGCAUCUUCUUCCCUCCCCUCUGCCUCGAGCGGCAAGUGUUUAAUGCGCGAAUGCUCCUUCUGUCGUUGCUGCAAUCCACACUAUCUCUAGCACAUAGCAGCAGGAGGAGGGUGCAGCUCUACCUCAGUCCUCAGCUUACUUGCGUCGCAGUAAAAUCAAGGUGGCAAGAAAGAAAGAAAGAUGGAACAUGGGUUCUGCAACGACAUGAUCUUAAGCGAGAGCGCGUGGAACAGCGGCGACGGCGGCGCCGGGGGCGGGGCGGCAGGUGACCUUGUGGAUGUGGUGGACGGGGGCAGCGGGAUGACGGUGCUGGAGAGGCUGGUGCUGGACGAGGCCCUGGCGGCGGCCAUCCUGGAGCUGCAGGGCAUCCAGGUGCCGUGCAAGGCGGCCCAUUCCCUCCCGGCGAUGAUGGCCGGCGGCGUCGUCGAGGCGUUCGGCGGUAUGCCUGCGGCUGCUGCCUACGGAGACGCUGACGGGGUUGUCGUGCAGCGAGUACAGCAGCAUCGCCAUCAGGGAGCGAUGGGGAUGCCUGCAGCCGCUGACUACGACCUCGUACCAGCACCAGCUGCAGUACGGGCUGUCACGUUGGCCGCUACUGCACCUUCCUUCGCAAACGCCAAUAUUACUAGUACUACUGCCUUUGACCGCGUCGAUGCCGAUGUCUUCUCCGGCAACGAUGCGGCGCCGAAGCGCGCGCUGGCAAAAGCAGGAGCGGCAACAACGACUCCGAGGAGCCAGUGGGCGGAAGAAGAAGCUGGCAACGGCAGUAGUACUGCUGCCAAAAGGCAACGCCGGUCGAGCAGGAAGCGCAAGGCCACGGCCGAGCCACCACCGUGCACGGACGAGCUGGAGAACCCUCUGUGCAGCCUCCUGGCCUCCACCAGCGCCGCCCGCGCCAACGCCAACGGCGGCAUCCAGAUCGCCUUCAGUUCUUCUUCUUCCACCAACGCCUGCAAGCGGACAAAGCCGUCCCCUGUAACUAUCUGCAGCAGCGCGUCGUCGAGCAUCAGCUUCGACGGCAGGGUCGCCAACAACGAGCAGCAGCAGCAGUACGAGCCGGACACGGAGGCCCUGGCGCAGGUGAAGGAGAUGAUCUACCGGGCCGCGGCCAUGCGGCCCGUGACCCUGGGCUGCAACGGCGGGGACGAGGACACGGAGCGGGCGCCGGCGCCGGGAAGGCGCAACGUGCGCAUCUCAUCCGACCCGCAGACGGUGGCGGCGCGGCAGAGGCGGGAGCGGAUCAGCGAGCGCCUGCGCGUGCUGCAGAGGCUCGUGCCUGGAGGAGCCAAGAUGGACACGGCCUCCAUGCUCGACGAGGCCGCCAGCUACCUCCGCUUCCUCAAGGCGCAGAUCAGGGACCUGCAAACCCUAGACCGCCGGAAUUACCCCGCCGAUCACUUGAACAACUGUACGGCGGCGCCGUUGAUGGGAUACAACAAUGGCAUGCCGAACUUCGCAUUCACGCCGGCAGCCGCAGAAACAAGAACCCUAGGGGGAGGAGGAAGAGGAGAGGAUCAGCCGCCGUUCAUGUGCGGCCAGUUUAGAUAGAUUAAUAAUCUGAGACAUGCAUGUAUGCAUUGCACGCAAGUGUUCUUCUUUCAUGUUAAUUUUUGUCUCCAAUCCAAUGUGAGUGAGACCAUGCAUAUGCAUGCUGAUGCAUGCAUCGAUCGCAUGAUGAUUAGCUACUGAUUAGGGAUGAUGAUGAUAUCGAUAUAUGGAAUGAACCAUCAUGUUGGUCAAUCCGUUCUUCUUAUUCUUCUUCAAUUGCUUUUCAUGUUGAA